GAUCAUAGCUCUAUCGCGAACUACUCUACCCUUUCUCUCCCCUAUCGCCUCCUCGAUAUCUCAUAGAACCGAAGUAUCUCAAUAGUUCACAAUGGACGACUCGUCGCCUCCCGAGAGUAUCGACAACACCAAGGAGAAGAAGAAGAGCAGAAGACCCGCGAAUACCGCGUUUCGCCAGCAACGAUUGAAAGCAUGGCAGCCAAUCCUCACACCCAAGACGGUCAUCCCGCUCUUCUUCGUUAUAGGUAUUAUAUGCGCGCCUAUAGGUGGACUAUUGAUUUAUGCUAGCUCUACAGUUAAAGAACUUCGCAUCGAUUACACCGACUGCUUCCGGGAUUCUCCUACCGAUGAAGCUAGACUGAUGGACCCGAGUCUGAUCUUUCCGUCUUUCAAGGACAAUAAUACAAUCAACGCCAUGUGGCAACAUUCUUUAACUAACCAGACUUACGGCAACCAUCUAGUUCAGAAUCUCACCAAGUGCACUCUGACCUUUGCGAUACCUGAAGAGAUGGCUCCGCCAGUUCUUCUCUACUACCGUCUUGAAAAUUUUUACCAAAAUCAUCGCCGCUACGUCCAGUCGUUCUUCGAUAAACAGCUUGCCGGUGAUGAUGUUUCAAUUGCCGAAGUUUACGAUUCCAAUUGCGAGCCCCUAGCUACAACUAAUGGUACAUACCCGAACUCGAGAGCAUAUUAUCCUUGUGGCCUCAUUGCCAACUCGUUAUUCAACGACACUUUCCAAAGCCCGAUAUUGUUAAAUCCGCCGGGUUCAGAUGGCCCGGAGGGUAAUGAAACUUAUAUUAUGACAAACACUUCAAUCUCCUGGGAAUCGGAUAAAGAGCUAUAUAAGCCAAGGGUGAGCACCGAUUAUACCAAAAUCGUCCCGCCCCCUAACUGGCAGAUCCGGUACCCCGGUGGCAACUAUUCUACUGAAAACCCUCCGCCCAACUUGCACGAAGACGAACACUUUAUCGUGUGGAUGCGUACUGCGGGUCUGCCGACCUUUAGCAAACUGUAUAUGCGGAAUGAUACGAGCCCAAUGAGAAUAGGUACCUAUUCUAUGGAUAUCAUUGAUAAUUUCCGCACAGAUCAGUACCAGGGCAGAAAGAGCAUCGUCAUCACAACGCUGUCCGUCAUGGGCGGCAGGAACAACUUCCUAGGUAUCCUCUGGCUCGUUGUCGGUGGCUUCUGUAUCGUAUUAGCGUUAGUCUUCCUUAUCACGAACCUUAUCAAGCCCCGGAAGCUCGGUGACCACACCUAUCUAUCGUGGAACAAUGCCCCAUCGUCCGCGGCCGCGAAGGGCAAGGGCAAGGCGUCCGGCCCAACGAUAGGUAUGGCGACCGGUCGCGAUCUGUCGUAGGGGACGAAUUUGCGCGGGCUUACGCCUGUUGAGAGCGCGGGAAGGCAGAGUCGGAGUGGUUCGGCUGUGGAGGCGGCGCAGGAGUCGCCGACGGAGUUGUCUGUACUGACGUCCGAACCUGACAAUCUUCCAGGAGGUGAGACUAGAUCAAGGGAAUCUGGAUUUCUCUCACCUUAUCUUUCAACGUCGCGAUACCGACGGAUACGCGGUGGCGAGACGGUUGGCGAAUCUUCUCGAGCAGGGGCAGAACGGAUUUCAAGAUGAAAAGGGCUCAUUCUAGGAAGAAAGCACGACGGGCAUGACACGGGUCUACUUACAUCACUUGUUUCUCUUUACCUCUCUUCUAUUUUCCACACUAUUUCAGGGGACAGGCAUAGAUAUGGAGAUGAUGCCUUUCCUACCUGGCCUAUUUGUAUGAGU